AUGGCGCUGAUUGACGUUCCCCAAACGACAUCCUAUCCACCACUGGAGGAAAAGAAACCUCUGGGAGCAACGCCCACAGUUAUUGUGACACCAUGCGAUCCUUGGCCUCGUCCCUACUACCUUGAAAAUGGGUUGCGACGCGUUGCACCAUAUCAUUUUACGUACAACACGUAUUGCAAGGAGAGGUGGAGGGGACGAGAGCUGCUAGAUAUAUUUUCAAGCGAGUUCAGAGACCGACCUCUCGAGUAUUAUAAAGACGCCAUAGAACGGGGAAUGGUGACAGUAAACGGAAAGCCUGUUCCAACGACUUCACACAUUGUCAAGAAUGGCGACGUUAUCUCACAUACUCUACACCGCCACGAACCUCCUGUGACGUCCCUUCCCAUCUCAGUCCUACACGAAGACGAGGACAUGAUUGUUAUCAAUAAACCAGCGGGAGUGCCAGUUCACCCAGCAGGCAGAUACAACUACAACUCGGUCGUAGAGAUCAUGCGAGCUGAACGAGGGCACACUUGGAACCCACUGCCUUGCAACAGACUCGAUAGGCUGACCAGUGGCGUAAUGUUCAUUGGCAAGCAUGCGAAAGCUGCGGAGAAGUUGAGUAUGCAAAUUUCAGAAAGAACAGUCAGGAAAGAGUAUAUUGCACGGGUGAAAGGCGAAUUUCCAGAUGGUGAAGUUGUAUGUGACAUGCCAAUCUUGCAAAUAUCUCCCAAACUCGGUCUCAACCGAGUCCGAGCAAAUGGCAAGGCUGCACGGACCGUAUUCAAGAAGCUUGCGUACUACACGCCCAUCAAGGAAUCCGAAAACUCAAAAUUAGGGGACCAAACUGAAACUGACGAAGCGAAGCAAUGUGCAGCUUCCGAAGGAUACUCGAUUGUCAGAUGUCUACCUGUAACAGGGAGAACCCAUCAGCUGCGAGUCCAUCUACAGUUUUUGGGCCAUCCAAUAGCUAACGACCCUAUAUACAGCAAUCGGCGUGUGUGGGGUGCGAAUCUGGGAGCGAAUGAUGCAGACGCAUCACACGAUACGGACGAGGAUAUCAUUACCCGUCUUUCCCGCAUGGGCAAAUCAGAAGUUGCUGAUGCUGUGGCAUAUCACGAUGAGAUGGUUGACGAGUACAACAAGAAAAAGGCCGAGAAGAUGUCUGGAGAAGUCUGCGAUAUCUGCCAAACACCACUUUAUACAGAUCCUGGGGAGCAGGAACUCUCCUUGUGGCUACAUAGUCUCCGCUAUGAGGAUGCUGGGGGUUCUUGGAGCUAUGUUAGCCCUCUACCCAAUUGGGCUUUGCCACCUCAGGGCAUGCAAGGGCCGACAGAGGUUGGAGGGAUGGAAGCUCUCGUGGAAGCGGUGAAAGAACAAAACCCUGAGAUCGCAUAG